CGCAUGAAGAAAAAAUUGGCAACUUGGCAUCCCAAUUCCCAACCCAAUCUCUCUAGAUUAACUAAACUCUCUCUUGUUCUGAUUAUUCUAUAUCUCUCUUCUAUUUAGCACCACUUUCAACAACUAAUCAUCCUCCUCUUCUUUCUUUUUUUUUGGGCGGUCAACGCCCUCUGCAUUUUCCACUUCAACCAAAUCCAUCUCUUUCUUCUUCUUCUUCUUCUUCUUCUUCUUCUCCAAAUGGGUCGCAAGCACGAUGAAAAAAGUACCAUUCUUUACAACCGUUUGAUCCUUCUCUUGGUCUCCUUUGCUUCCUGCGGUUUCGUCUACUUCUUCCUCUCUGCGGUCCUCACCAAAAACUCGUCCAUUUCUUUGUCUGCGUCGUCGUCGUUGGCAUUGGUCGGAGAAGGAGGUGGUGGAGGGUGCUGCAGAGGGAUUGAGAAUUUGGAGCUAUGGGGUGCUGCAGUGAAGUGGGGUUCUGAUUUUAAGUUCAACAGCUCCGAAGAUUGCUGCAACGCUUGCAAAUCAAUGUGCACCGGGAAUGAUGGACCAUGCCUCUGUGACACGUGGGUGUUCUGUGGGAACCGUGAAGCUUGUGGAUCCAAGUUCGGUGAGUGUUGGUUGAAGAAGCAGAAGGACAGCUUAGCCCCUGAAAAGCAAGAUGGUGGGCCUCCAGGGGAAGAAAAUUAUUGGAUUUCUGGUCUCAUCUUUGGAAAAGGAGAGGGUAUUAUUGCAAUGGAAACUGAAUUUGGAACUCUUCAUAUGAAACUUUUCCCUGACUGUGCUCCACACUCAGUUGCAUACAUUCUAGAGUUGCUGGCAUUGCGCCACUGUGCAGGUUGCCAAUUUUACCGUGCAGAGAGCCGAGGUGAAUCAUGGGAUUCAGAAGGAAACCACAUAAAAAAUGCUGCUUUUGGUCCCCCUUAUGCAUUGAUUCAAGGGACACUUGAAGCACAAGGCACGACAUUCAAGAAACUUCCUGCUGAAGAUUGUCCCACAAUAAGAAGGGGCUCAGUUGCAUGGAUUGGUCCUGGCCCAGAAUUCUUUAUUAGCUUAGCUAACCAUGCAGAGUGGAAACAUGAAUACACUGUCUUUGGUUCUGUUCUUCCAGAAGACUUGCAUGUUGCUGAGAAAAUUGCUACCCUCCCUACAGCAUCAGAUGUUUGGAACAACAUUAAUGUCACCGUUUUGGAAAGACCUGUCCCCUUGUCGCUUGGUAGAAUCAAGAAGAGGCAUGAAGAUUAAAAAAAGAUAAGCCAAAGUUGCUAUUGCAUACAAGGAUUGCAAUUCUUUUUUGGUUUGAAAAGCUCACACUUUUUUUUCUCCUUUCACAUCCUGUGUAUUAAACGUUUAUGUAACUUAGUCACUUUUUUAUAUUAAUAUCAAUAUUAUGUUAUUGGAUGAAUUUGUGCUGUAACUCUAAGAUCUUAAGUUUGAUUGCAUAGAUGAAUUUG